GUGUCUCUGGUUUCGUCCUCCCCAGCUACGUGCAUGAGAGGCUCAGAUUAUUAGGAACACCUCUGAAUUGGGUCUGACCAAUGACAGAGCAGGAGGCGGGGCUAUCUGACAUGACGACACCGGUCCAGGUGUUCUGACGAGCUCUGCCGGGCCUUGUGAGGAUGGAGACGUAAGUGUGUGUUUUGAUGAGUGUACUGAGGACUAACUGGUGGGUAUAGGCCAUCACCUCAGGGUGUCGGGUCAGAACAUCAGUUUUACACAGGUGCACGAGUGAAGGAGAUGCAGCGGGACUACGCACGAUGCGUCUGCGUCUCUUUGUGGUCGAUUGGAGCGUCUCUGUCAACAUCCAGAGACGACCGCGGAUCCAAGACGCUGCUGCCAGGCUCAGAGAGAAGCGGCCACAUCACACCAGACCUCGCUGCUCUUCACCAGUCGCCUAGACCAGCUUCCUCCUGGGAAACGCCCAGAUCGUGGAGUGGCCUGUAGUUUACAGCAAUGACGGAUUCUGCAAACUGUCGGGCUUCCACAGGGCUGAGGUCAUGCAGAAGAGCAGCACAUGCAGUUUUAUGUACGGAGAGCUGACAGACAAGAAGACCAUCGACAAGGUCAGGCAGACCUUCGACAACUAUGAGUCCAGCUGCUUCGAAAUCCUGCUGUACAGAAAGAACAGAAGUCCAGUGUGGUUCUACAUGCAAGUGGCUCCCAUCAGGAAUGAGAACGACAAGGUGGUUCUGUUCCUUUGCACUUUUAAGGACAUCACCCUCUUCAAGCAGCCCAUUGAAGACGAAACCACUAAAGGAUGGACCAAGUUUGCGCGGCUGACGCGGGCGCUCACCACUAACCGCAACACGCUGCAACAGCUGGCUCCCAUCGGCAAACAUGAAGUAAGCCAUAAACAGUCCAGACUGGCCGAGGUUUUGCAGCUGAACUCUGACAUCCUCCCACAGUACAAGCAGGAAGCCCCCAAGACGCCUCCCCACAUAAUCCUUCACUACUGCACCUUUAAGACCACCUGGGACUGGGUCAUCCUCAUCCUCACCUUCUACACAGCCAUCAUGGUGCCCUACAAUGUCUCCUUUAAGACCAAGCAGAACAACAUCGCGUGGCUGGUGCUGGACAGCGUGGUGGACGUCAUCUUCCUGGUUGACAUCGUUCUCAACUUCCACACCACCUUCGUAGGGCCUGGCGGAGAGGUGAUCUCUGACCCCAAACUCAUUCGCAUGAACUACCUGAAGACCUGGUUCGUCAUUGACCUGCUGUCCUGCCUGCCCUACGACAUCAUCAAUGCGUUCGAGAAUGUGGAUGAGGGCAUCAGCAGUCUGUUCAGCUCUCUGAAGGUGGUCCGCCUGCUGCGUCUGGGCCGGGUGGCCAGGAAGCUGGACCACUACCUGGAGUACGGUGCUGCUGUUCUGGUCCUGUUGGUCUGCGUGUUCGGAUUAGUGGCCCACUGGCUCGCCUGCAUCUGGUACAGCAUUGGAGACUACGAGGUCAUCGACGAGGCCACCAACACCAUCAAGAAGGACAGCUGGCUCUACCAGCUGGCUAUUAACAUUGGAUCACCUUAUCGCUACAACACCAGCGGCUCUGGCCAGUUGGAGGGCGGCCCCGGCAAGGGCUCUCUGUACAUCACCUCUCUGUAUUUCACCAUGACCAGCCUGACAACCAUCGGCUUCGGCAACAUCGCCCCCACCACGGACGGGGAGAAAAUCUUCUCUGUGGCCAUGAUGAUGGUGGGAUCACUGCUUUAUGCCACCAUCUUUGGAAACGUGACCACCAUCUUCCAGCAGAUGUACGCCAACACCAACCGCUACCACGAGAUGCUCAACAACGUCAGGGACUUCCUGAAGCUCUACCAGGUCCCCAAGGGCCUGAGUGAGCGGGUGAUGGACUACAUCGUCUCCACCUGGUCCAUGUCCAAAGGCAUUGACACAGAGAAGGUCUUAUCCAUCUGUCCCAAGGACAUGCGGGCUGAUAUCUGUGUUCAUCUCAACAGGAAGGUGUUCAACGAACAUCCGGCCUUCAGGUUGGCCAGUGACGGCUGUCUGCGCUCCCUGGCCGUGGAGUUCCAGACCAUCCACUGCGCCCCUGGGGACCUGAUCUUCCAUGCUGGGGAGAGCGUCGACACCCUGUGCUUUGUGGUUUCGGGGUCGCUGGAGGUCAUCCAGGAUGACGAGGUCAUCGCCAUCUUAGGUAAAGGUGACGUGUUUGGUGAUGUCUUCUGGAAAGAAACCACCCUUGCACAUGCGUGUGCCAACGUCAGGGCGCUAACAUACUGCGACCUCCAUGUCAUCAAGAGAGAGGCCCUGCUCAAGGUUUUGGAGUUUUACACAGCCUUCGCCAACUCCUUCUCCCGUAACCUCAUCCUCACCUGCAACCUGCGCAAGCGGAUCAUUUUCCGCAAGAUCAGUGAGGUGAAGAAGGAGGAAGAGGAGCGGCAGCGAGCGAAGAAUGAGGUGCAGCUUACCAUCCCGCAGGACCAUCCAGUCCGGAAGCUUUUCCAGAAGUUCAAGCAGCAAAAGGAGCUCCGCAACCAGGGAGCUGCAGCUGCCUCACAGCUGGACAUAGAGAAGAACCAGCUGCAGGUGGAGCAGCACCUGCACCCCCACAGUGUGCAGCUGGGCCACUCCAGCCUGCAGCCUCCCCUGCCACUCAGCCUGCAGCUACCCCACUCCUCCAUACAGAAUGGGGCCCCGCCCAGUAGCAGCGUGCUGACCGUGUCUCAGGUCACGCCUAUGCAGAGCUCGCUGGCAUACAGCCAUGCCGGCGGGCCCCCUGCCAAGCAAAACAACUGUGACAUCAUGGAGCUGCAGCCCAGUUCUGUUGCAGGGGGAGGUGAGCAGACAGUCAGGCUCAAAGUCAGCACCAGCCCUGCGCUGGGGAAGUCGGCCCCCAAGGCCAGCAGCUGGAUGCGUCUGAAAAGCAGCAUGGCCCCAGUUGAGGCCAGGAAGGAGGGGCUGAACAACAAAGCUGUUUCUGUGGAGAUGCUCUCUCAGGAGGGUAAAGGGCAGGAAGCAGGGGGGUGUGGGGAUGUAGAGAAGGGUGCGGUGUCCAGCAACAACCCCCUCCGUAAGACAGACUCCUGCGACAGCGGCAUCACCAAGAGUGAGCUGCGGAUCGAUCGGGCGGGGGAGGCACGGACCCCUGUCGCGGUCACUCCCCUCCUCCACAGCCCUCUCCCCGGAGGAGCAGGGUCCCCUCACCCUUUCUGCUCCAUCCCGGAGCAGGCUCUGCAAGCCGCCCUGCAUGAGACCCGGCUGGAGCUCCGGGGGGACAUCCAAACUCUGGGAGGCCGUCUGGGCGCCCUGGAGAGUCAGGUAGCCGAAAUUAUCAAACUGUUGUCGGACAAGAGGCAACCGUCCACGGGGGUGACAUCUGCCUCCACCACACCCAGAACCAAAAUACAACGUCAGGACAUUUUCACCGUCUCCAGGCCUGUUUCUCCAGACUCAGAGAAGGAUGAGGGGCUCUGAAGAGAGCCCAUCCAGUGGUGUAGGGAGUGUACUGCAAUAACAGUGGUCAGAUGCCACAUUACACUACUGUGAUCACACUGAUCAUUUCAAGGGUAUGCUCGUUUUGUGGGCAUUCUGCUCUGUCAGAUCCAGUUAAGCCACUGGUCUCAGUCCCCCGGGCUAAAAACUGGCUCCUUUAGCAUUUGCACACUGACUUUUGCAUCCAGGUCCUGUGUGUCCACACUGCUCAGUGACCUGGAACCCAGUCCUCUGAUUGUAUAUACCUCUCUAUGCAUGUCCAGCUGGAUUCUGGUCUGCCAAAGAAACAACAAAUGAACGUCAUUAUUGCCUGUAUAUUAUGCAGUUGACUGCAUGCAAAUUGAAUUUAAAGAGACAUUUUAUUGAGCUAUAGUGUACAUAUAAAUAUUUUUCACUGAUAAUUUCCUAUGUGGACAUUCAGGGUUUGCACACUGGUAGCACUCUUAACACUGAAUAACAAAAAGGGUUUACCUGCAAAGGGAUUGUGCAUGGAUUCUUUAUACACAGAGAAGUUGAAGGGGAUGGAUUUUUUUUCUUUGCCUGUGAAAUAGAAGUUUGAUUCCUCGCUCUCUAGGAACACACAUACCCAGAUAUGAUGAAGCAACAUCCCUUAGCACAGGGAGGGAAUUUUAUGGUGUGAAGUACAUAUUUUUUUAUAUUGGUUAGUGAUUUUGCUUCUUACAAUAAUUUCUAUUUUUGAUUACGGAAAUGUCUUUGGCCUCAUUUUAAUGUCUGGUAAACCCCAAAUGGUUAUUUUGUUAGAAUCCUCCUUGUGUCUGUGCACCGCUCGGGUAUGCCGCUAGACUUUUCUGAAUGUUUGUUAUUGUGCUGGUGAAUGAAGGAAGUUUCUUUUGUUCCAUUCCUCUGCAUGAAUCAGGGAUGGCUGAAUGCACUUUGAGUAAACUUGGGACGACAAGAAAGCAGUUUAGUUCACAUAAAAGUCCACUCAGCACAUGUAGUCCCACAGCCCCAGCACCACACACAGCAGUCUGAAUCAGUCCGCUCGAAAUCCCAUUAACAACAGCUUCGCCACAAAAAGCUCAAGUAACAAAAAAUUGAAUGCUGUACUUUAUAUGAUAUCACUUUUCAAAAUCUGCAUGCAAAGGAGUAGCUUUAUGCUCCAGAGUGCAUGUAUGCGUGUGUGUGUGUGUACAGGGUGACGGCAUCUCUUGAUGUGAACCCUUUUUUCUACAUAAAAGGCAGAUCGGCCAGUGCAGCAGCACUCAUCACAUGACACGCACACACGUGUGAUGAGGCCGAUGAUGCAUGAACAGCGGCCGUCGUGGAAUAUUUGUCUUUCCUGCUGGGAUGGAAUGGACAGGGCAGAAAAUGAGCUGAUGGAAGGGAAAAAAGCAGAGUUUUCAGGUGGUGUGACACACCUUCAGGUGGCCACAUUAGCUCUCUGUCGACAGCUGGCUGGAUUUCCAGACAUUUCAGUGGAACUAUAUUCUUUCUGACUAGACACACACGGGUUGUCAGAGAAGAAAGAAAUCAGUGGAUAUGACAACUUGUAGUUUUAAACCAUGUAGUGUGUCAAAGAAAAUGACCGAUGCUGCGGAGAGACUAGCAUAUCAAGACGUUUUCUGCACUUUAACAUGUUGUUGGAGUCCACACUUUAUUUUAUUGGUCAGGCUUGAGCAUGCUGUCUGGCACAUCUCACACCACUGCAGAAAUACCAUGUGGUACUUCACUGGUUUGGUGGUGUGUUUACUUACAGCUGGAGAAAGUUGCCAAAAUCAAAGUCCACAACAUUCUGACAUUGCGUUCCCAGCAUGGGUCAAAUUUAAAAUAAACAUAAACUAAAACUAAAUCCUAGAUUUCCAAUGAAAAGCUCAAAGUGUGAAGCUGAAGAGUUACUGGUAAGCCUGACACUACCCCUUAUGAUGAGCCUUUACAUGUAAAAUUGGUGACGUUCCCCUGAAUUGAUUUCUAAUAAGGCGUAUGUUUUUCUGACCCUGGCACAAAAAGAUGGAUCAGCAUGAACUGAUUGUAAAAAAUUGGAGGGGGAAAAGUCGUACAGUGUUUACUUUUGGCCUAAAUGUUUAAUUUGAAUGAUUCCACACAUGUGAAGGCAGUCAAGUGUAUCUUAUUAAAAAAAAAAACAACAACAACACAACAUCUAUAUCAUUGACAGUUUUCGAUAAAUUUUAUAUUCUGGCUCACAAAAGUUGCACCAAACCAGUUAUUGCACUGAAAUUUCAACAUCUCUUUCCGGGCUCGGAUGAAACUGUCAUGUUAGAUGUGUUGACUCAUUAGCAGUUGCCUCUGUCUGCUGUCACCACGCUGGAAAAUGAUGCCGAUUCAUAACUUCGUCCUGCUAAUUGGAAUAAAACACUCGAGAAGAUGAGUUCAGACACGAGGUUUCUGUCACUAUGUGCUAAUCAGGUUUAGCUUUCAGAGAGAUAAUUUAAGAUGACUCAUUUGAAUGGGAGUUUCAAUGUGCGCACAGGCUGGUUCUCUGUAGCAGCUUGCUUCCCAUUCCCACUCUGUCACUGCUGACAGCUUCCCGGUGCAGCUCUUGUUCUCUCUGCUUGUGGCCACUGCGUAGAUCCCCUGCAUGAAUCAGGGCUAGGUGCCUUGCUCGGGGGCACUUCAGCAGCAGUUUCAGGCAAUUUGGCCUCUACGAUUGUGUAGAAAGUGAUGUAUUGAUGGACUUAAUGACUGCCACUGUGCCUGUGUAGAGCAGCACAUGUCAGAAUGCUUCAAAUCUCUCAUAUCGUACAGAUGUGCUACUUGUAUCAAACACUGUGCACAGCUAUGCAAUAUUUGUAAAGGGGCAGACUGAUGGAAUUUUAUUGUUCCAUAGGAUAUAGUAUGAGUGGGCGAGCCAGCAGUAGGGCAAUUACUGCAAGUGCAUCGUUCUGAUGGGUUGUUUACAUGUGUAGACAUGACGACAUAUGUUUGUUACCUAAACUAACCAAAUGGUGAGCAGCAUAAAAUCAGGUUUAAGGAAAUGCGAGAUUGUCAGUCAUCGCUUUCAUCCUCAGAAAUAAUAACCUUAAGUAGCAUUGAUCAAAUACAAGUGCUUUAUAAAGAACAUAAAACCAUUAACAUAAACAAAUAAGAUUAAAAAUGAUGGACUUCAUAUUUAAUGCUCCACUUGAACACAGUGACAGGACAGUUACUGGUGAUGUGUCCUGCAGCUGUGGUUCAGAUUCGUGAUCCGCUAGUGGUGCACUGCGUUUCCUUUGUAUGAAUAAGUGGCCAGAACAUACACAUCAUUACAGUGGUGAGAGAAGUGCGUUAACGGAGUGAUCUGGUCUUCUGUUAAACUGGUCAUACAACAUGAUCUUCAUCUAAAUCAGACGUACACAACAUGCUUAAGCUAGUAACACACAAUUAGAAUCAAAAAUGUCUUUCAAAUUCAUGUCAGUUUAGAUGAGGGUUUUGACCAAGUGGGCACGACUCACUUUCCUUCCUGGUUGCUCACACAGACUUUGCUCUGAGACAUGUUAAAAGCUGGAAACCAGGAAGCCACUCGCUGCUGCAGCUGGAGGAAUAGAGGCUGCAGCAAAAAAUUGCCAGAAUGCAUCAAAUAUAAGAGAUGUGUGUAUCUACAGUAGGUAGACCUGAGAAGACUCACUGAAAUGGGUUUUUCCUUUUAAAGCUACAUACUGAAGGUUCCUGGCUGAUAGUGGCCUGACAGCACAGCUGUGUCUGAUAGAGCUGAAGGUGGUGCUCCAGAACAACAAACACCACAAAGCACGAUUAGAAAUGACACAGACCUUUUCUGCAACUGUAAAACUUUUCAAACAAGGAAACUAUCAAGUUAAUUUUAGAAUCUUUCAGAGAUAGUGGAGGAAUCCAGCUCUUGACGUGUCCUUAAAUGGUAUUUUAUAAUCUUAGUUUAAGCCUAGGAAAACCAUGUGCGAUGCAGCUGUGUACAUGUAUCUGAAGAACUGAGAGUGACGACAGAUGUUUCUCCCCAGAACCUACUCCUUUCCACUGAGAAAGGUACAUAGUAUGUGCUGAAGAAAUUAAAACUACCUUAAAAUGACCUCAGUUGGAUCAGCUUGUCAGCCUGUAGCGUGAUGGUAAAAUGGCCACUAAUAGUUGCUCUGUGUGGAGAAAUGUUGGUAGAAUCAAGUAUAUUCAAACAUUCUCAACCUUAGUUUAAGUGGAGUCUGGAGUGUACCAUCGGAAGAACUUAGUACUUUCACAGUGUUCGUAUAACCAAAUAAUACAUGUAUUAAUUAAAAAAACUAAUAGAAAUCAAAGCAUUA